AUGCCCGAUCGCCACUAUCACGGGCAUCGCAAUGGCCGAGUGGUGGCCGCGCGGGAGCAGAGGGGCUCUGGCACCCCUGCGCCUGGCACGCCAUCACGGAAAGAGAAGGGAAGGGAGAGCUUGGCCGUGCAGGAUCCAGGACUCAAGGACUACCGUCUAGGAGAAUGUAUCGGCAAGGGAGCUUUUGGUGCCGUUUACAAAGCCUUCAAUUGGGGCACCGGCGAGGCAGUCGCCGUCAAGCAGAUUAAACUGACGGACCUCCCCAAAAGCGAGUUACGAAUGAUCGAGAGUGAGAUUGAUUUGCUCAAGAAUCUUUGGCACGACAACAUUGUCAAGUAUAUUGGGUUCGCCAAAACGACUGAAUGCCUGAAUAUUAUUUUAGAAUACUGUGAGAAUGGUUCUCUCCACUCCAUCUGUAAAGCCUACGGAAAAUUUCCCGAGAAUCUGGUUGGAGUGUACAUGACACAAGUACUCCAAGGGCUUCAUUAUCUUCACGACCAAGGUGUAAUACAUCGUGAUAUCAAAGGCGCCAAUAUUCUUACCACCAAAGAUGGUACUGUUAAGCUGGCUGAUUUCGGUGUCUCAACAAGUACGCUGGCGAGUGGUCAAGACAAGGAGGCUCAGGUAGUCGGGACACCAUAUUGGAUGGCUCCCGAAAUCAUUCAACUUUCUGGAGCAACCUCUGCGUCCGAUAUUUGGAGCGUUGGCUGUACGGUCAUUGAGCUUCUCCAAGGCAAGCCUCCGUACCAUAACCUUGCCGCGAUGCCUGCAUUGUUUGCCAUCGUCAACGAUGACCAUCCCCCGCUCCCAGAAGGAAUUUCUGCGGCCGCAAGAGACUUUCUCAUGCAAUGCUUCCAAAAGGACCCGAACCUGAGAGUUUCAGCACGCAAAUUGCUAAGACAUGCCUGGAUUGUUGGCUGCCGCCGUGCAGAUGCGCCGGUUUCGAAAGCACCAGAUAAUUUCACACAGGCUGUUGAAGAAGUUAAACAGUGGAACAAGGCUUUAGAGUCCUCAGAACCAAAUCUGCGCUCCUCUACAGGAUCCGAUACGUCGGGCAUACAAUCGCGAUACCAUGGUGGAACCCCAGCCAAGGGCCAUUUGAGUCUAGCAAAGCCGAAGCCAAGGGCUGAAGCUUUCUUGACGCCCGAGCUAGCUGAUGACGACAACUGGGAUAACGACUUCGCUACCGCCAUUUCACCAAGCGCCUUGCAGUUGCCUCACCUGAAGCCGCAGGACAACUUCGGAGGACUACUAUCGAGCGACCGGCUGAAAUCAUUUGCAUUGAUAAAUGACGGGCGGCACGAGAAUACAAACUACAGCGAUGACUUUGAGGGUGAAUUAAUGACUAUCAAGGGCCUAAGCCACUUCCAGGACUAUGACUCUCAGGAGCAGACUAUCAGGCCAGUGCUAAGGAAAGUAGAACAGCAGAUCAAGGAGAAGCUUAACAUAUCAACACAACAGAAAUCUCACCAGCGCUCAAAAUCGAGCUCGAGCAAACUGGCUGGACCCGUUGGCUCACCUUAUCAACACAAAUCACCACCAAAGUCUCACUUCAACAAGUUCGAAUUGCCAGCCAGGCCGGAUAUAUACUUCAGAGAACAGAGCACGGAAGAUUAUUCGGAUCUCUUUGUUGACAACGACAGCGUGUUCGAUCGCGAACCCAACCAAGCCUUGGCACCAAAAUCAACGACACGUGAACCCUCUGCCAUGGGCCCUCCACAGUUGGUGUUGAAAACUCAGCUCUCGCAGGAAUUGCGGCAAAAUAAUGACUCCCCUCGGCUCUUCCACCCAUCAGAUCUUACGAGUCUACCACGGUCAAUGCAACCCGCUGAGGGGGGCAGUCUGAGGAGAAAGUCUUCCCGCCCAUCAGUAUUACCGGAUCGACAUAUGCGCCGGACGCGUUCGUCAAUCGAAAUUCAAAAAUUUGCAGAGGAAGACGAUGAGGACUUCUCUGACAUCUUUGGUCCUUCAAGCAGCACUCUUGAGAAACAGGAGAGCGAACCAGGGUCCGAAGAUGCAGGUUUAAUGUUAAUGUCGAAGGUGUCGAGUAAUUCGUGGCUUGGAGAUGACGAGGAUGAGGACGACCCAUUCGCCUCCAUGGAUCCUGGAUGGGCCGAAAUGGACUUGGAGGCAAACAUCGCCAGAGAUCGGCACGCCAGAUUGGCCGAGAAGGUCGAGGCGUUAGUACGAGAAUUAAAGACCUCUGAAGGAGAGGACGAGCUCUCUGAGCUCUCUGAGGACCUGCUUGUUUUGCUAUGGGAAAACGAUGAAGUAAAGGACCUUAUUCUUGGCGCGCACGGUUUACUCCCAAUCCUCGAGAUUUUGGAGCCCUGUACCGUGAAGAGCAGGCAGUAUAUGAUAUUGCAGCUCCUCAAGGUUGUGAAUGCGAUUAUCCUUGAUGAUGUGGAAAUCCAAGAAAACCUUUGUUUCGUGGGUGGCAUUCCCAUCAUUACCAAGUUUGCAGCUCGGCAGUACUCCAAUGAGAUCCGACUGGAAGCAGCAGCAUUCGUGCGUCAGAUGUACCAAACAUCCACAUUAACACUCCAGAUGUUCGUUUCUGCUGGCGGAUUGAACGUUUUGGUGGAGUUUUUAGACGAGGACUACGACAACGCUCGCGACCUUGUGCUCAUCGGUGUCAACGGAAUUUGGAAUGUGUUUGAGUUGCAGGGACCGACGCCGAAGAAUGACUUUUGUCGAAUCUUUUCGAGGAGCAAAAUUCUCUACCCUUUGGCCUUGGUCCUGCAUCGGGUUCUUGACGAGGAGGGCGAAGAUGAACUCGAGGAAUUAAUUGAAGGGCGGAUCGUGAACAUCUUUUACCUCUUCAGCCAAGCUGAAAAUUACGUCAAGGAAGUCGUUGCUGACCGUCAGGUCCUGAAGAGUGUCCUGAGAGACCUUAGACGGAUGACGCCAAUCCACCAGAUCACAAUGCUCAAGUUUAUCAAGAACUUGUCCAUGCUUUCGACCACGAUACAGACAUUGCAUUCGGCCGACGCAAUCGAGUUCCUCAUCGACUUGUUGAGUUAUAGCAUGAAGAAAGACCAGACGCAUUUCAGAGAGAUUUCAAACCAAGUUCUGAAUACUCUGUUCAACCUAUGCAGACUCAGCAAAGACCGCCAGGAAGACGCAGCUGUCGGAGGCAUAAUUCCUUUGCUUAUGCGAAUAUUGCGGACGGACCGGCCACCCAAGGAAUUCGCAUUGCCCAUUCUCUGCGACAUGGCACACUCAGGGUCAAAGGGACGAAGAUACUUAUGGCAAAACAAUGGCCUGGCCUUUUACGUUUCUCUCUUGACUGACCAGUACUGGCAAGUAACAGCCCUGGACGCCAUCCUCAUCUGGCUGCAAGAGGAGACUGCCAAUGUGGAGAGUCAUCUCGUGGACGGCAACUUCACUAGGGAGAUUGUUAGCUGCUUCAACACAAAUCGGCUGAACGCCUUCGACUCGAAUUUGCUUGAACCCUUGCUGAAGCUUCUCCGUCUGAGCCCGUCAGUCGCUGCCUCGUUAGCAAGACCGGAAAUGCUGGCGGGUAUUGCACAACGAUUGGGGCACAAGAAGCCUGUAGUGAGGCUGAAUUUGCUGAAGCUGGUGCGAACGAUUAUGGACGCCUGUGAGCCCGGUCUGGGAGGUGGCGAUGGCUCGCGCACCCUGAAUACCUCGCAAAUGCGCUCGCUCAUGGAGUCUAUUCAGAAACUGGCGGAGAAGGACUCGGCAGUGCUGGUGCGGAACCUGGCAUCGGAGCUGGUACGAUCCCACAUUGUGGAAGGGAACCAGGCGAUGCUCAUGAUGAUACACGAGGGUGGUCCUGGUACGCAGCAAGCCGCGUCGACGGUAUCAAGGCGCUCGGCUUCUAGAAGAAACACGAGCUACACUCCGCCUUCACUCCAGUCGUCCAUUUCCAUGCCUCAGACGCCUACCCACAGAAACAGAGUUGGUUUGACUGGCGCCAAUGGAUACGUGGAGGUGGCAGCCAGUCCGAGACGGUCUGCUGUCUGGGAACGGGAAGGCCCUGGUUAUAGGCCAAGAAGUCGAGAUGGGCCGACCGGCAUUCCACGUCGCGUAAGCGGCGACUCGAGUUCAGUCAGUAGCGCAGGGAGCAAAGGAAGCCGCCUACCGCGGACAUCUCUAGCGGGGAUACCCACCGCCAGCACAAGCAGCGGCCGCAUAUCGGCUCGCCGCGACCCUCCCAUAGCGGCGAGGAGCGACAGCAGCCUGAGCAAUAAGGAGAACAGCGGGAGGCAAGGGUCGAUUCCGUCGCCGAUAGAUCGCGAGCGGAGGAUGCCCGAGGGGCUGAGAGAGCCGGGGAGGAGGAGAACGAGGGGGCCAAACGAGAUUAAGUGGUCGUGA